AUGGCAAGCUCUACCCCACCUCCAAAUAAGAAUCCAACUACGACUGCGAACGACAGCAAGCAAACGAAGAGGCCUCCUGAAACCCCUCGAAGUCAUCGUAGCCAUGGAGGAAAGGCUGGUGUUACUGCUCUGCGGCCUAUCAUCGCCGUCGAGAUGGACAGGGAAUUCAUUAAGGUUCCAAUUGACACGUUCAUCAAGGCAUACCUCCCUUUUGAACCUUGUAAAGCAACAAUCGAUCGAAUCAUAGAGUGCUUCCUCCCCGAUUCUGGCUCCGGAUCGCCCGUUGACGCAACAACAUCUAGUGGAGAAUGCGACAACCUCGACAUCGAUGAGCAACUUCAAAUAGCUGUGGGCGAUGGAGACUCUUUGAUGCUUCGUCAUGGUGGUCAUUUAAUGUUCAGAGCCUUUCAUCGACCUCCAAGUACAUCAGACGGGUCUGAAAAAUUGAUUUAUGGGCCUUUACAAGACAUCGCUCAUCAUAUAUCUUUGAUCGAUAAUCUCAUUCCUGGACGCGAUCGCAACGAAUAUCACUAUCGCUAUGUAUCUUCGAACAUGAUCAAGUCGGAAAUAGACGGAUCCAACAACAAGAUUGAUGCAUGCUUUAUGCGAGGAGAAGAGUUUGCAAAGCCUUCCACACAUAAUAUCGCCGUUGUUAUAGAACAGAAACUUCUUCCAGAACAGAGAGGAGGGAACAACCGACAAGCAGUCUCGGCUAAUGUUCAAAUUAUGAACGACGACGUUCGUCGUAUGUUCACAUAUGGGAUUACCAUUGAAUCAGACCUCGUUACAGUGUGGUACCAUUCUAGGUCUCACUCCGCGGUUUCUGAACAGUUCAGUUUAGUCAAACAACCGGAACUACUUCUCAAAGUAUUUACUUCAUUCUUAUAUGCCAGUAAAGAAGAGCUCGGAUAUGACCCAGGAGUUGAGCACAUUUCAAAAGGGCAUUACGUUUUCCGUGGUAUCCCCAACGUCAAAGAUCGCAAUGUUCUCGAUACCUACAAAACUGUUGGUACCAUAUCGGAGAUUCGAGCCAACAACAUCACAGGUCGCAUGGCUCGAGUAUUCAAAGCCGUCAAACUCAACCCGGCUACCGGGAGAUAUGGAACCAAGAAAUACGUGUUGAAAGAUGUUUGGAUCGACGAAACUGCCGAAACAGAAAGGGCACUCCAAGAUGCAAUCUUUGGCGAUAUCGAAAAAUUCUGGUCUACUAGGAAGACCCCCCAAGCGUUAGAAUUGAUUAAGGAGCGCCAUAGGAAUCUCGUAGCCUCCAAAGGUUACAAGAAAUAUUUUCUUACCAUUGAAAACGACUACGAGGGGGCUUUGACCAAGCCCCUUGCGGAGGGCUUUCAGUCGAUCAGAGGGCUUCUUUCAGGUCCACCUCUGGACGACGAAAAGAUUGAAACCUCCGCAAGUCAUGCGCGACUCGCCCUUCAUACCCAGUUGAUGGGUCAUACUAUUCCUGAAAGCACGGCCUACGACCAGUUUUCCCGCAUCGACUUCGAACGAAAAUAUGCUCGCAAGAAACAAUAUCGAUUAGUGUUCAGCGAGCUGUGUACCACCGUUGGGCAUCUCGAAACUUUGGGAGAGGUGAUCGAUGUUUUGUUUCAGGCCCUAAUUCCACUUGAAAUGAUGCUUUGUGCCGGUUGGGUUCAUCGAGAUAUCAGUUCGGGUAAUAUAAUGGCUUAUAGAAAGAAUCUCGACGAUGCGAAACAACCAUGGCGCGUAGUAUUGGCCGAUCUUGAAUAUGCGAAGAAGUACCCGCCUCCCGAGGAGCUGUCGGGCUCUUCUGAUCCCAAAACAGGCACCCCUUUCUUUAUGCCUAUUGAGGUCAUGAUGCAACGCAGUCUCUUUGACCAUAAUCAAGAAAAAGUAACUCGGAGUGUCGCUAUAAAAUCGGACGCCGGGAAUUCCCAACCUGAGGGCGCCUCUCUUAGCCUUCAACCGGCCGACAGUGAUGACGAUGAUGAUGACUACGUGCGAUUCAAGGAGGACACACUGUCUGCCCCUAAAAACAGGGCUGCUGCCCCUUGGGAGGGAAUUGUGCAUAACUUCCAACACGAUUGGGAAUCGAUCUGGUGGCUUAUUCUCUGGACCAUCACCUCUCGUGUCGUUGAUGCAUCUGAAGAUGCGAAGUCAUAUGCACGGAAAAUAUUUCAAAACAGCAUCAAGGCUUCUUCGCAAAGACAGAAGGCAUUUAUGGAGCCAAUCCGACCGGAUCUGGAAAAAUGUCUGGGUCCUCUGUCAAAUUACUUCGCAGAAACAAUGGAAUAUAUGCGAGGGGCAAUGUAUAGGCGAUACGUCCUCCGUGAACUCCGGGGUCAGCUUAAGGAUGUAUCCUCCUUUGCCCGUGUCUCGCUUUCUUUUAGAUCGUUUUUCGGUGAUCUACAAGAACAUACAGAGAAAUGGUCCUCCACUAAAUUGAACAUGAAGAACCCUUAUAUCGAACCCGCGGAGCGCAAACGGCCUCUUCCUGACGACGAGGAAGGUGGGCAGAACGCCAACGCCAAAGGGUCUAAACCGAGAUAUGCCAGCAUGAAGGGGUCCAGGAAAGGCCAGAGAUCUACCAAGUAA